AUGUUGUUCAGACUGGAGAUUAACAACAACAAUUCUUCCUCUUCCUUUUCUUCCUACGCGUUGCACCCGAACGUGCCGACAAUCGUAGGACGGGACCCUUCCAUCGCGCACGUUCCCAUCGAGAAUGAGAAUUCUGUGUCGAGAAAACACGCGAUUUUGACCGUCGUCGUCGCUACUUCUUCUGCCGAUGUACGCGCGAAAUCGAUGGCAAAAGAGGAGGGAGAGGAGAGUGAUACUACUACUUUUUUGGAAGUGACUGAUUGCGGGAGUAAACUCGGCACUCGAGUUUCCAGCGUCGUUUCAACCAACAGAGAAGAAGGAGACGAAGAAGAGAAGAAUACUAAACUGGAAAAAUUAGAAACCGGGACUACCAAAAGAGUACCAUUGAUAUUGACGCCGUCGUCGGCGGCGGCAUCAGGUGGAGGAAAAGGAGGAGGAGGAGAUCGAGGAGGUAAAAAGGUGUGGUUAUUAAAGUUUGGCAAAAUAGCCGCGACGGUGAGAUGCAUCGAGGAGGACAACGCCGCGACGAAUACUAACGGUCUCGACGCGGCGGAUGAAAACGAGGAGGAGGAAGGAGAAGCGACGGAAAGCGAUGAUGAUGAUGAUGAUGAUGAUGAUGAUGGAAGCGAUGGAGGAGUGCACGAGGAGGAGGACGGUGACGCGGGAGUCGGGUGGAAACGCGCGAAAUCAAAGAAGGAGAAGAAGAAAACGGACGGUAAUAACAGAGGGCGAGUAAACGUAGAUCGAGAGGAGGUGGAAGUGGAAACGGUCGUAGACGCGUCGUUGUUUCGAGAGCAAAUACUCUCGCCUUUGAAUUCGUCGCCACCACCAUCGAUGUUGGUUUCCACGAUCGAGGAGGAGGAAAACGACGACGAAAACCGACUUCGACGAGUGGCAAACACUAGCAGCAACGACAACAACACUAAUAAUAAAAAACGAUUCCAGAAGCAGUCGAUUACGAUAAACGGUAAACCCACAAAAGCCGCUCGAAAUGGCGGCGGCGUGGAAUUAAAUUCUCCGAGCGCUAUAAAAGUAAAGAAUAAGAAGCAAAAAGUUCCGUGGCCGUACGAGACGGACGGCUACGAAACGUUGGCGCAAUUCGAAACCGCUCUCGAUCGCGAGGAAAAAGCCGCGCGACGGUUGAAAGAGAAAAUGGCCGAAGACUUGUUCGAGGAUUUUUCGACGACGAAACCGAACGCGUCCUUGAAAAGGAAGCAGGGGAGUACAGCGAGCAGAGGUAAACGCUCGUAA